AUGCCCGGUGCAAACGUAGCAGUCCUCCCGCCCCCUGCGGCCUCGACAGCGUCUUCGCGAAAGGCCUCGCUGGCACCCGAACGCAAAUACAAGUGCCAGUUUUAUACCAAGGAGCGUCCUUUCAAGUGCAUGAAAUGUAGGAGUACCUUUGUCCGUCGCGACCUUCUUCUCAGACACGACCGCACCGUCCACGCCAAGGAUGGCGGUGUUCCCCUUCACAGCGAUGGUAAACGUAGGGCCGGUCCCAAGACUCGCGCUGUCGGUGCACCUUCAAAACCCCCUAUCGCGAUUGAUACCUCGACUCUGGAGCAGAUGGAAUCUGGUGCCGACAGCAUUUUCGACGUUGAAGCUGCUGCCAUGCUAGUGGCCGAUCUUCACAACAAAGCCACAGCCGCGAUGCGCGAAGACCACUCUUACGAGGACAGCCCCUCGAUGGCAUACUCGACUCACAACUCCUCCGCGAUGGAAUCUACAGUUACUUACCCAUCUGGCGCUAUCGCACUACCUCAAGUCCAGUGGGACGGUUUCAUGUCUCAGCCGGUUGCCGAGCCCAAGGCACAUUCGAUUACAUCCAGCGCAUCCGGUUCCUUCGAGUCUCAACCUUCCUUUGCCAGCGGAGCCACUCUCCAGCCUCAUUCCAACCAGCUUCCUCCCAUCGGCAGCCAGAAUUGCAACGGUCUCGUCCCAGCUCUGCAGUCAAUGAUCAACUCCUUGCCCAAUUCCGCCGCAGCGCCAACAUCUCCAUGGGUUUCGGAGUCAUCCAAGUCUGGAUACAAGGCCCCUGAAGUCAUGGGAGAUGAUGAGCGCAACGCUAUCUUGGACAACAUCCGCACAUCGGACAGCGAACAUGCCAUCCCUGAGGGGUUCCGUCUCCCCGGCCUGGGCUCGUUGAACCGAUACCUGUCGACGUACUUCGGUUUAUUCCAUCACCACCUACCAUUUUUGCAUCCUGCCUCAUUUCACCCUACCAAAGUCUCUCCCCAGCUUCUGUUGGCGGUCCUUAGUAUUGGCGCCCUAUAUGCUUUCGACCAAGAACAAGCCUACAUGCUCCACAUUGGCUCAAAGGUUUUGGUUAAUCAGUUCCUACAAGGCAAGGAGAACUUCAGUUCCCGCAAGUGCCCCCUAUGGACUAUGCAGAGCAACCUCCUCAACAUGAUCUUUGCCAGCUGGAGUGGUGACCCUAAAGGCCUCGAGUGGACGUGUUCAAUCAAGAGCCUACUCGCCAACAUGGUUGCUGGUAAUAGGUACGAGCUGAAGCUUCGCCAGGAAGCUCGCACAGAGGCCAAGCCAACUCGUGCCGAAUGGGUUGAAGAUGAGGGUUGCCGUCGUACAUACUACGCAGUUUAUAUCUUCUUCGGCUUGCUGACUCUUACUUAUAACCAUACGCCUGCUAUCAGCUUCAGCGAAUUCGAAGACCUACAACUUCCUUCUACCGAGACGCUGUGGAACUUGCAAGUUUCUGAUGAAGCGGCGUGGCAGGAGCACCUUGCAGCCUCAACCACUGUUAGCUUUAUGGAGGCACACGAUAACCUUUUCCAAGGCGAGACCCUUCGAUACAGCACAUUUGGUACCCGUGUUAUGAUAAAUGCCUUGUUUCUUGAGGUCUGGUAUCACAAACGCAGUCCCGAGGCACUGCAAGAUGUUGUGACCGAGUACAAAUUGCGAUUGGCGCUCGAGACAUGGGAGAAGUCUGUUGACAUGUGCGAGGUCGAAGCUUUUCCUGUGCCGAUCAGUGCCCCUCAUAAGGGUCACCCCUUAAUCUUCAAUGCCAAAGCCAUGUACCGUAAUGCUCGUGCCCGCCUUGAGGUUGAUCUUAAGGCGGUCCAGGAGGCACUUCGUUACCAUGAUUCUUAUGAGGUCGCCGCCGCGAUGACCAACGCCCGAGAUCGUGUGAAGCGCUCAAGCGAGAUGAUCAAGGUCAUCGAGGAGUGCUACAACUGCUUAGAGACUGUCGUCUCUCAAGGUGUCCGAUGGAUUGCACGUGUAUCGCCUACCAACUGGAGUGUGGAGCAUGCUCUCUGCGGAAUGGAUCUCAUGAUCAUUCUCUCGCUGUGGCUCUACCGUCUGGAACAUGACGAGGAGCCGGCGACCCAGGAAGAACUGGCCAUGUACAACAAAGUACGACAACUUUUAGUCAAGGAAAUUGACGACAGCUACAUGUCUCAGCUCAGCGCGGUUGUUGCGCGACUCUGGGGCUCGAUCCUUGAUGAAGUCGUUGUUUGGGGCAUGACACGACUCAUGGGCGACUCCUUCAAACUGCAUUCUCAGGCUCUCGUCGGCUAUGUCGACGACCCUGAAGCUUCCUCUAAUGUCUCCACUCCUUCGAUGAUCUCGCAAGGAGUUGAUGAGGAUAGCGUGUACUAA